GAAAGUGCAAAGCAGAGUGUGUUGACGCGAACAGGAUUCCAUAUCAGAAAUGCAAUUCAACGAUACCAUCACAAAUUCACAAUUCAGUCACCUCUCUCACUCUGUUCAGCGAUAAGAAAUGGCGCCACCCAAUGUUCUAAAGUUUGAGACGGAGGAGCAAGUAGCUGUCGCUCUUGCCAACUAUAUCGCCGAUCUGUCUGCUAAAUUCAUCGCCGCCAAUGGUUCUUUCUCCGUUGUACUCUCCGGUGGUACUUUAAUCGAUACUAUGAGGAAAUUAGUAGAGCCUCCAUAUAUCAGUUCAAUAGAUUGGUCGAAAUGGUUGAUAUUCUACCUUGAUGAACGAGUUGUUCCUCUAGAUCAUCCUGAUUGCAAUCACAAACUUGCUGUUGACGGAUUUCUCAGUAAGGUUGCGAUACGUGAUUCUAACAUCUAUCCAAUCAAGGAAGGACUAUCACCUGAAGAAGCAGCAGAUGAAUAUGAGCAGAGGCUUAAACAUUUGGUAGCGAAUAAAACCCUAAGAACAUCAGCAAUUACAGGGUUUCCAAAAUUUGAUCUGAUGUUACUUGGAAUGGGUCCAGAUGGGCAUGUUGCAUCACUUUUUUGCUGGCAUUUUCAACGAUUUGAGAAGGAGAAAUGGGUGACUUUCAUCUUGGAUUCACCCAAACCUCCUUCUGAAAGAAUCACUUUCACCUUCCCUUUGAUUAAUUCAGCUUCUGAGAUUGCAAUGGUGGUGACUGGAGAAGAUGCAGCUGAUGCAGUGAAGGUGGCGUUGGGCCCACAUGCUUUGUAUGGUUAUCCGUUGCCUGUGCAGAAGGUCUCACCCGAAGGAGAGCUCACAUGGUUCUUGGACAAGGCCGCUACAUCACAACUCAAAUAAACUGUAAUCUGUUACUGUUACUGUUUUUGUCACUGUUUCUUGUUACUUGUACUUGUCACUGAAGCUGAUACUGACACUGAUACUGAUAUUGAUGGUGGUGUGGAUAUGAGCGGAUGAUGAUAUGUUUGUAUUGAUAAGGCAAGAUGUAUGAUGGAAUAAACAAGUUAAUCAACUUAUGUGUUCCAUGGUACAAUGUCAUAGUUUUUGGUUUUGUGAGCUUUAAGUUAUGCAGGGUUUAAACUAUAAAGAUUUGUAAUAAUAAAAAAAAAAAACAAACACUUUUGAGAUAUUUUUGGUUAAAAAAAAUCAAAACCAAAAGCUAUGACAUUCUACCAAUUUAAUCAACUUAUAUGUUCUAUUUCAGCUUGAUUUUUUAGUAUUAGAUUGGGUAUUGUUUUAGGAGAAACUGCACAAAAACAGACCGGAUCUGUUACUAUGUGGGCAGAGAAGACAAU